AUGGAGUCACGCUUACCAAAGCCAAAAGUCAAUUUAACAAAAAUAAUUAGCACAAUGAAUAACCAAAAAGCAGCAGAAGAUCAAAAUAAUAUCCCUUAUGCAAGUUCUAGUGGUGCUUCUAGAGUGUUGAAAAAAGCAAAGAGUACAAUGAACAUUAAUGUGAAAGGUAUAAAUGAGAGUAAAACUCUGCUUAAACAAAAUAUUAGAAGAUCAAAAAGCACAUUAUCCACUGCUACUAAGAUUUUGAAAAGACCAGCUGCUGCACCCAUAAUGCAUGGAGAAGCUAAAAAACCAUUAAUUAGGCCUUCUGCUAAACCAGUUGCUCAACGAACUGGCACUAUAUUAACAACUAAAUCCAGUCAAAAUACCACAGGUAGAAAAGUGCAAAAUGAUAAUGCACCAAAACCUUCUAAGUGGGACAUAAAGGGUCGAUUAGCUCAUACACAUGAUAUGUUGUCUAAUGUAAGACAACAACUUAAAGAAUCUGUAUCAAAGUGCAAUGAAUUACAUGAACAAGUAAAUACAUUAAAGGCAAAUGAAGCUAUAUAUAAAACAAAAGCAGAAGAAUAUGAAACUAAGAAUAAGGUAUUGAAUAGUGAACUAAAAGAAAUGAAAGUAGAAAUGAAUAAGGCACAAGAACAAAGAGAGGAUUUAGCUAAACGCCUAAAAGAAUCAGAGGAAUCCUUUCAGAAUGCCACAAACAUGUUGGAAACUUUUAAAGAGAAAUGUAGUUCUCAAGAAAUCAUAUUGCAAAGGCAUGACUCUGUAAUCAAAGAUUUAGAAACAAGAUUACAGAAUCAAAUAGAAAUUAAUGAAGAGUUAAAUGCAACUAAAAAUGCGUUACAAUCUUUGGUUCAUACAAUGGAUAAAGAUCGUAGAGUUUUACAUAAUGCUAUACAGGAAUUGAAAGGAAAUAUCAGAGUUUUCUGUAGGGUGCGUCCUAGGACUCCAACUGAACUUGGCAAAGCGAUGUGUGCCAUGAACUUUGUAGAUGAGUGUACUAUUGAAGUAAGAAAAUCUGAUGGAUCUGAUGUAGUUAGCUGUAGUGGAAAGUGGAGAGGAAUUCGACAGGAAUUUUCUUUCGAUAAAGUUUUCCCGCCAACGGCUAAACAAGAAACUAUUUUCGAAGAAUUAGCCAUGUUAGUUCAAUCUGCCUUAGAAGGAUAUAAUGUUUGUGUAUUUGCAUAUGGGCAGACUGGUUCUGGUAAAACGUACACUAUGGAAGGUUUACCCGGCAUUGAAACGGAAGGCAUGAUAUCUAGAACGGUACGGCAUAUAUUUCAAGAAAUGAAACAGUUCCAAUUGCUUGGCUGGGAAUACAGAAUAGAAGCCAGUUUCCUUGAAAUUUACAACGAGCAUAUUGUCGAUUUACUCGAUUCACAAUCAAAAAUGCAUGAAAUCCGAAUGACUGAUAGUAAAGGGCACGAUUUAUACGUCAGUAAUCUCAAGAUAGAAGAAAUACAUAGCCCUGAAGAAUUACACGAGUGCCUUAUAACAGCGCAACGUAAUAGAGCAGUUGCUGCUACUCAGUCAAACGAACGAUCGUCAAGAUCGCAUUCGGUAGCUAGAAUAAAACUUAUUGGAACGCAUCAAACGAAAGAGGAAGUUUCGAUAGGAAAUCUGAACUUAGUCGAUUUAGCGGGUUCUGAACGAUUGAAAGGCGAGGAAUCGAUUCGAACAGCAGAAACAAAAAAUAUUAAUAAAUCAUUGGCAAAUCUGGGUAACGUUAUUCUUGCUCUUUUGAAAAAGCAAGAACAUGUUCCAUACAGAAACUCGAAGCUUACUCAUUUAUUGAUGCCGUCUCUGGGUGGUAAUUCAAAGACUCUUAUGUUGCUAAAUAUAUCGCCUCUGGACGAAUGUUACAAUGAAACAUUGAACUCAUUGAGAUUUGCUAGCAACGUGAACAACUGUAAAACAGGCAAUGCAAAGAGAACGCGAACAGUUUUACAAAACUCAAUACAGUUUAAUUAA